AAUUUUCUAACGAUGGAGGGUGAUGCUGACAAAGAGAAUGCUCCGGGGGAGCCCUUGAAAGACAAAUUGCCGGAAUAUCGUGCUCAUAAGGAGUUGUCCUACGAGAAGACCCGUUCAGUAUCGAAAGAAGAGCUAGAGACCGAACCUCUUCUCAAACCCAAUCCCCUUCGCUUUGUGCUCUUUCCUAUUCAGUAUAACGAAAUAUGGCAAUACUACAAAAAGGCAGUGGCCUCCUUUUGGACUGUUGAGGAAGUCGAUCUUUCAAAGGAUCUGACCGAUUGGGAACGAUUAAAGGUGGGAGAGCGCCACUUCAUAUCUUACGUCCUGGCGUUUUUUGCCGCCAGCGACGGUAUCGUCCUCGAAAAUCUGCUCGAGCGAUUCAGUCAAGAGGUUCAAAUUCCUGAAGCGCGCUGCUUUUAUGGAAUGCAAAUUGCCGUGGAGAAUAUCCAUUCUGAAAUGUAUUGUCUACUUAUAGACACGUACAUCAAAGACCCUAAAGAACGUGACUUCUUGUUUAAUGCUAUACGAAACCUAGAAUGUGUGGAACGCAAGGCCCAAUGGGCUCUAAAUUGGAUUGGUGACACGAAGUCCACCUUUGGGGAGAGACUGGUGGCCUAUGCAGCAGUUGAGGGCGUAUUUUUCUCGGGAAGCUUCGCUGCGAUAUUUUGGCUCAAAAAGCGAGGCCUCAUGCCCGGUUUAACCUUCAGUAAUGAACUCAUUAGUCGAGAUGAGGGUCUGCACACGGAUUUCUCUUGCAUGCUGUUCAAGUACAUAGUUAACAAGCCUUCCAGAGAGCGGGCUAUCGCGAUUAUGAAGGAUGCCGUGGAAGUGGAACACAAAUUCUUCGGGGACGCUCUUCCUGUCAGCCUGAUAGGCAUGAACUGCAAGUUGAUGUGCCAGUACGUUGAGUUUGUCGCUGACCGCUUGCUUGUCGAGCUCGGAUAUGGGAAGUAUUAUAACGCUGAAAACCCGUUCGACUUCAUGGAGAAUAUAUCUUUAGAAGGCAAGACUAAUUUCUUCGAGAAACGUGUUGGAGAUUAUCAACGAGCUGGAGUGAUGUCACGGGCUCGUGGCGAAGAUACUCACAAGUUUACGACAGAAGAAGAUUUCUAA